AUGUCAGACGGCGACGUGAAAAUGCAGGAAUCGACUGAGUUCUCUAUCAAGCCAGAGAACUCCAAGGCUUCCACUGAUACCUCGACUUGGCCCUUAUUGUUGAAGAACUAUGACAAGCUGUUGGUCCGUUCUGGUCACUAUACCCCAAUUCCUAACGGAUGUUCACCUUUGAAGAGAGAUUUGAAGAGUUACAUUUCCUCUGGUGUUAUUAAUCUGGAUAAGCCCAGUAAUCCUAGUUCGCACGAAGUUGUUGCUUGGGUUAAGAGAAUUUUGAGAGUUGAGAAGACUGGUCACUCUGGUACCUUGGAUCCUAAGGUCACUGGUUCUCUUAUUGUCUGCAUCGAUAGAGCCACUCGUUUGGUUAAGUCUCAGCAAGGUGCCGGUAAGGAGUAUGUGUGUAUUGUUAGAUUACACGAUGCUCUUGAUGACGAGAAGGACUUGGGCCGUGCUAUUGAGAACUUGACUGGUGCUCUCUUCCAAAGACCUCCUCUUAUUUCUGCCGUUAAGAGACAGCUCCGUGUUCGUACUAUCUAUGAUUCUAAGCUUAUUGAGUUCGAUAAUGACCGUCACUUGGGUGUUUUCUGGGCUAGUUGUGAAGCUGGUACUUAUAUGAGAACUCUUUGUGUCCAUUUGGGCAUGCUCUUAGGAGUUGGUGGUCACAUGCAAGAGCUUCGUCGUGUGCGUUCUGGUGCUCUUUCUGAGUCUGACAACAGUGUCACCUUACACGAUAUCCUCGAUGCUCAAUGGGUUUACGACAACACCAAAGACGAAUCAUAUCUUAGAAGAUGUAUCAGACCUUUGGAGUCGCUUCUCUUAGGAUAUAAGAGGGUCGUUGUUAAGGACUCUGCUGUGAACUCUGUUUGUUACGGUGCCAAGCUCAUGAUUCCUGGUUUGUUGAGAUAUGAAGACGGAAUCGAGCUUAAUGAUGAGGUUGUCCUUAUUACUACAAAGGGUGAGGCUAUUGCUCUCGGUAUUGCUCAAAUGUCUACUGUAGACCUCUCAACCUGUGAUCACGGUAUUGUCGCCAAGAUCAAGAGAUGCAUUAUGGAAAGAGAUACCUACCCAAGAAGAUGGGGCUUGGGUCCUGUUGCUCAAAAGAAGAAGCAACUCAAGGCCGAUGGUAAACUUGACAAGUUUGGCCGUGUUACUGAUGAUACUCCUGAGGCUUGGAAGUCUGCUUAUGUUGAUUUCCGCGGUGAUGCUGCCAAUGGCACUGUUGAUGCUCCUGUAUCUGCCCCUGUUGCUGCCCCUGAAACCCCAUCCAAGCCGUUGAUUGAAGAGGUUUCAGUUUCCUCUACUCCAGCUACUGCCGCUGAUGACGAUGAGUCGCCCAAGAAGAAGGAGAAGAAAGAAAAGAAGGAGAAGAAGGAAAAGAAGGAUAAAAAGAGAAAGGCUGAUGAUGAAGAUGAGUCUGAAAAGAAGAAGAAAAAGAAGAAGUCCAGCAAGGAGUAA